GUCGUACGUCCUGUUGCUUCCCGAGGACAAAACUCGCUGCGCUGUUGCUGCUGCAGGUAUCUUACUGCUGGACUCCGACUGAUCUAUUGUAGGGAUGGCAAACUCUAACAGACCCACCACAGAAAUUGCGAACGUAUACAGGGGAACAUUUAUCCACUCGACCCAGCAAACAGCGCUGCAGGUCCUGGAAGAUGCGCUCCUGGGAGUGGAUAUAAAGGGAAAGAUUGCUUUCAUUGGGAAAGGCACAGAGCUAGACACACUGUCUCAGACCUUUGGAUUCAGUUCAUCUGAAGUCACUCAACUGGCACAACAUGAGUUCUUCAUACCUGGAAUGGUGGACACCCACAUCCAUGCACCCCAGUACAGCUUUGCUGGCACAGCCCUGGACAUGCCCUUACUGCAGUGGCUCAGUACCUACACCUUUCCUGUGGAGUCACGUUUCCAGGACUUGGAGUUUGCCAACAGGGUCUACACUCAAGUAGUGAAAAGGACCCUGAGAAACGGAACAACCACUGCAUGUUACUUUGCUACUAUACAUACAGAUGCCUCUCUCCUGUUGGCCCAGAUUGCAAAUGACUUUGGACAGCGUUCCUUGGUGGGCAAGGUGUGCAUGGACAGGAACGAUUCAGUGAAACAUUACAAAGAGACCAUUCAGGAAUCUAAAGAGGAAACCUGUCGGUUCAUUGCAGAGCUCUUGAACAAAAAGUACCCUCUCGUGAAGCCAGUGGUGACUCCCCGCUUCGCUCUAUCUUGCACAGGAGCUUUGCUAGGACAGCUGGGAGCAAUCGCUAAGAAUAACAACCUGCACAUUCAGAGUCAUAUCAGUGAAAACAUUGAGGAAGUGAAGAUUGUGAAGGAGCUGUUUCCUGAAUCAGACUCUUAUACAGACGUUUAUCACAAAUACAACCUGCUUACUGACAAGACAGUGAUGGCCCAUGGCUGCCACCUCAGUGAUGAAGAGUUGGCUCUGUUCAAAGAGACAGGAGCCUCUUUGUCUCACUGUCCCAAUUCCAACAUUUCGUUGUGCAGUGGAGUGUUGAACGUCCGCAACGUCCUGAAACACAAAGUGAAGUUGGGGCUGGGAACAGACGUGGCGGGUGGCUACUCUGCCUCUAUGCUGGAUGCUGUGAGGAGAGCUUUGGACUCAUCCAAAGUCUUGGCCAUCCAGAACCAAGAACAUGAAACACUCACCUUUGAGGAGGUGUUCAGACUGGCCACACUGGGAGGCAGCCAAGCCUUGUCCCUGGAUGACCAAACAGGAAAUUUUGAAGUGGGCAAAGACUUUGAUGCCCUGAGGGUGAAUGUAACUGCUCCUGGUGGACCCAUCGACCUCAUCCAGUCUGAAGGACCAAAGACUCUUUUGGAGAAGUUCUUGAAUUUGGGUGAUGACCGUAACAUACUGGAGGUGUUUGUGGCCGGGAGGAAGGUGGUACCAUUCACAGAGCCAACACCAGAGUAAACGCUUGGGACUUUGUGCUGGUCACGUAAAACUGCUUUCUGUAGCUGCAUUGGCUUGAUGAUCUCAUAUUUGCGCUUGUGUAGCUAGAAAAUGCUUUAUGAUCAGAAGGCUGGGAUUGAUUUGAGUUAUAAUCAUAAAUAAUUUUUUAUACAGUCUACAUCAGAUUGUAGCACUCACUGUGGUGAAACUGGGAACUCAUGAUACAAACUUGAAAAGUUAUCAGAAUCAGAAAUACCCAAGGGGAAACUCAAAAUAUAAUAUGCUAUAACACAGUUAAGAUAAAUUAAGUACAAAGUGGAUAUAAGUAUAAAAGAUAAAAUAAGUGAAAGUACCAAAGUGGAUUUAGAGGUAUAAUACAAUAUAAUAGUAUAAGUAAUAUAAGUCAUAAGUAAUAGAGCAAUAUUCCAGUUAUGGGACUGUUCUCUGUAUGAACUGAAAUAAGAAUUUUACAUUUCAUUUUAACAUUUAGCAGUGCUAACAUUUGCCUGAUCAAAAUCCACAUCCAGAUCACACUCAAUGGAAAGUGAAAUUGCGCUUAACCUGGUGCCUUAUCAGAAUCAGUUACUUUUGAUAUAGUUUUGUCAUACUAACCUUAGAUUUACUCAUCAAUUCAAGUGCUUUUAUUACUGUGAUUAUGGAUUUUAAGGGACACCCAAGUGAAAUAUAUGAAUUAAUUUAUAUUAUUACACAUUGUCUUAUGAAUGUUGGGAAAUUAAGGGAAAUUAAACGAUUGCUGAUUUUGUGUCAUGAUAAAUUAGAAUGCAUUUACGAUAAAUUUACUUCUUUACUGAAAUAUAGCCAUUUUUUACACAACAUAUCACUGUGAAACCAAAUGUUACAUAUUAAAGGAACUCUUUGUAGCUACACUUUGAUGUAUCACAUCGUGGGAAAUAAAAAAAAAUCACCAAG